AUUUGGCAAUAAGCGCUAGUGAAAAUGUACAAAAGACAACGUUGAUUUCAUCUCUAGUCCAAUUUCACGACCUCGAGCCCUACUGACAGAGUGUUACCGUAUUGCUAUCGGAACUAACGAAAUUAAUCGCUCUGAAUCUUUGAAUUGACUCGCCAUGGCACCAGUUAAGGUGCCGAACUAUAGUAAAUGGACUCGACCCCCUACUGCAGUCUACGAAGAUAAUUAUGGCUAUGGUAUUAAUUACUAUCAACCUAUGAUCGACUACAUCUCAGCAAAAGAAAAUGGCGCACCCAGAAGACUACCACAUAUACCAUGGAAUAACGAAAGAGGAUUAGAUAAAUAUAAAUGUAAUAAAGUACAAACGUAUACUGAUCAAGAGGUAGCAAAAAUUUCUCGUGAAGUUGCUGCACAAGCCAAACGUGAUCUUAAUAGUUUUAAUUCAUUUGAAGUGACAAAAAGGACUCCGUUGUCCGUUGUAGCUACGGCUGCUGCUGCUAACGUAACUAAACAUGUGGGCAUUGAAAGUGUUUCGACGAAAACCAAAAAGAAAAGAGGAGAAAAAAUAAAAGCAGAAAGACAAAAAAAGAGAAUGGAAGAAAUUGAAAAGGAACUUCAAUUAUACGAAGCAGAAGCAAACGUUGGAGCAGAAUUGAGAAGCAAGGCUUUAAUGUAUAGAGGGAAAUCAGCUGGAGCCAUUGCCCAAGUAUUACUAGAUGAGAGUAGAAAAAAUGUGGCCGAGGGAAAAUUUCGAAACCUUGAUUCCGAUAUUAAAAAGAGAGUCGACCGUAAUUAUGCUGCUUUAUCUAAAAAAAUUGCGAUAGAAGCUUUGGAAGAAAGUCUGUCAAGCAAGUUGGAAAAUAAAAUAUCAGAGACAGUAUCAGAAACAAUAAGAACAGUUCGCGAAGUAUCGCCAACAACGUGUAUUGUUAGAAUAAAAACAGAAACGCCAGUAAUCGUAGACAAUUCGUAUCUCAUUACUUUACAAGAAUUAAAAGAAACUUUAAAGGAAUUUGAAAGUUUAAAUACUAAUGUUAUAAUUGAUAGAAGGUAUAAAAACUUGUCUAAUAGAAUGGCAUUUAUUCCUAUUAAAUAUUACUUAUGA